ACCACACAGCUGCAAAAGCUACAAAAUAAAUCGAAAAUACCCGUUGGCUUCUGGAGAGAAUUUUGUAAAACCUUUAUGUUAUAACCCACUGUUCAUCACUGACAAACCACUUUGCAUACAGAGGCUACAUUAUCUUUAAUUUGCGACACAACCGAGCCUGUACGUUUGCCAGUUCACGUGAACGGUCUUGAAAGAAAAACGAAGAUACAAAUCGCUAAGAACGAAUUUACCUUUUGGAUAUGAAUUAUCAUUACGUCGUGGCCAUCGGUUUCCAAGUCAGCAAGCAAGCUACGUUUUGUUUUGGAGUGUACUUGGUUUUAAAACAAAGUACCAAUAUAUUUAUAAUUUGUAUUUACUGUAGUCGAUACAUCCACUUAUCAAAUAAUUUGUAACUAAACUAGCUAAGCAGCUUGUAGCCACGUGUGUGGCCGGAAUUCCGUGCCAGCGAGUCGGGCGUGUAUAGUUUGGCAUUGAUAAAUCGAUUGCUGUAUGAGUUGUGGCUGUGCUGUAACAGUUCAGUGAGAGAACGACAAAGCGGCUCCACCACUCAGAAGAAACGCAGCUAGCUACUGGAGCGCAAUAUAUCUGUCUAGCAGGCAACUUUGGUUCGCGGAAAAUGCAACAGAGGCUAUGACAAAUAAGCAAGCAUUUUGGACUGCAAUCCAAAUAGAGGAAACUUUCCUCUUUUUGCAUCCUGGCUCGUGGCUCAAGAGAAGCUACACUGCUCGGAAAUUCGGAAAAUAACUCGUUAGAGAUGCCCACAUUGGCUACUCCAGCGACGCUCUCGUCUUCACAAUUGACACCAGAUCAGCUCACGGUCAUUGUGGCCUCAAUCUCCUGCCUGGUGUUUUUUGUGGUGAUCGUAGUGCUGCUGACUAUCCUGUAUCGGAAGGACCCGCUCUGCUGCAAAGUCCGAGCUUAUCAGGAAUCGCAUCAGUACUCUGAAGCACCACCCCAAUACUACAGCAGUAGGCAGACAUUAGUGGGGUCUACCUAUAAUGACCCAAGCUCAGAGAUGACCUAUGACAACCAUGCUCCGCCGGGACACGUGUUUGUCAUUGGGCAGGCCAGCAGCUAUCACCUGCCCUCCAUGGAUGCACCGCUCCCUCGCCUGCCCUCCUAUGAGAGUGUGCGCAAGAAGGACCGGCAGCGGCAGAUCCACAUGAUGAUCGCCGACCGAUUCGGCCUGAACGCCACCAUUGAAACUGAGCCACCUCCAACUUAUGAGGAAUCCAUCCGUCAGUCUGUGGUGAUUCCUUCUGUCAAUUUUGGCUCUACUGAUAACCUCGUGGCUUCUGUUGCUGCCACACAGUCCACAGUACCACCCCAUUUAGGAAGCCAACAGAACCCCUCUACCUGCCAUGACCCAAACACCUGAGAGCCUCCCAGUGAUGCCAAAGACACAGAGGAAUGAGAAGGGAAUGCACUCCUGGACAUUUUAUAUCAUAAGAAUUUUAACAACACAAAACGAGUUACAAUAUAAUUUUCAGGAGAAUGUUGAGCUUCCUUUCGAUUGAGCUCAAUGAAAGUAACCUCAUGUGACCAUGAAAUGACAAAGUUUAAUAAGGCAAGGGGCAGACAGCCUUUGCUAAUGUGAUGCAGAAGUCGGCUGUCUAAUUGUCUGUGCUUAAUAGGAAUGAUUUCAGAGCAUUGAAAUGAGCUGCAAAAACAAGAAAAAAAAACACAUUUCUUCAUGAGGUUGAGAGCUUUGAACUUUGCCAUGGUUGCUCAAUGUCCCUGGUUCACGUAAGGCCGCUGCUGCUUUUAGAAAGUCACAUACAUGACUAACAGCUUUAGGCGGUUCCGGAUGUGAACAUGCCAGUUAAUGUAAAAUCCUGUUUUAAAAUGCUUAAUCCGUAAAGAGCCGUCUCACUCUUGGUUUGUGUCCCUGGGGGAAUUACUCUUUAACCCAGGUCAAACUCCAUUCACAGGAAGGUGCAUGGUGUCCAAGCUUGUACCAAAGAUACUUUUGCUUUAUUUUGCACAAGAGUGUUCUUUUAGUUCUUCCAUUUCAUUUUAAACAUCUUUGGAAUCCAGCCCCACCUCCACUAAGCCUGCUUCUAGCUUCCCUCCCUUACCCUCCUCCAUUUCACCCCCCCCCCCCCAUCAUCCUCCCUUGCUCUCUGAGUUCACCAUGGCCACGCUUAAAUAUCUUACCCAGUGAAAGAAAAGUACAUAUUCAGGAUACAGAUGUGCUCAAUCAUUUCAGCUUGCCAUGCUCCAGUAUAGAAGUACCAGGCACACAAGUUACCCCACUCUCCCCCCCACACAAGCCAGGACGUUUGUCUUAAUCAGCUCUUUGAGAAAUUUUAAGCCAUUGAAAUCAUAUUUUUAUAUGAGAUGUUUUUACUUUUUCAUAUACUUUUGAUCACUGUUGGAAUUUAAGGCAUUUGAGGAAAAUGAAUGUAUAGAACAAAGUGUAUAAUCUUCCGCUAGGUUUAUAUUCCAAAGCCAUAUUAUCCUGGUAAAAUAAACGGGAAAAUCAAACUCUCUAGAUGGACCAUAGUAUACAUUUGUUUAUUUAGAUGGCCAGAGUAUGUUUUGUUCAUGUGUUUUGUGGCUAAAGAUCGACAGCAUGUUGAAUGAGGAAACCUAAGUUUAAAAAAAAUUAUAUUUUGCACUCCUCGCAGCAUUCCUGAGCCUUGUCCUUUGACUACCCUCCACCUGAUUCCUCUGAGAUGGAAGAUAGUUGAGUGGUGGUUGAUCAGAGGGAACUUCCUGUUAGUAUAUCCUGUUCUUAUCCAGUUUGUUUCCCCAACUGGGUCAACUCAGUGUCUGUAAAUAUUACUUGGAGGACAGAAGAUUAAACCAACAAUGUACUGUAUGGUUCAUACUGACAUCAGUUUGAAAAUCUGUAAAUAAAAAUAUUUAAAUUUUGUAU